CGUGUACAACAGAGAAGAGAAGUGAUUCUUUCUAGCUGCUUGCCAGGUGUAGCUGUAGUAGGGGAAGCUUAAGCUGCUUCUUCAAUGGCUGUGGCUAUUCGCAGUGCCUCCGUCGUGUUGAAGAAGAAGUUCAGUCCGCUUGACGCUCAUAAUAGUAGUAUUUGGAGGAAGAAGAAGGGUUUCAUCUGCAAGAUGUCGACCAGCGAGUCACCGAACUUGAGUCACAGUAUCACGCUCCCCAAUAAAAAGUCCGAACCCGUUCGCAUACUAGCCGAACCCGGUGUCUCCUCUUCUGAUUUCUGGAAUGCUAUUGAUUCCUCUUUAUUCAAGCAAUGGUUGCAUAACUUGCAAAGUGAGACUGGGAUUCUAGCUGAUGGCACCUUGGCUCUGAGACAAGUUCUAAUUCAGGGUGUAGACAUGUUUGGAAAGCGCAUUGGGUUUCUCAAAUUUAAAGCUGACAUUUAUGACAAACAAACGGGGAAGAAGGUUCCAGGUAUUGUAUUUGCAAGAGGUCCUGCUGUGACUGUGUUGAUACUUCUGGAAUCAGAUGGUGAAACUUAUGCUGUCCUUACUGAACAGGCAAGGGUUCCUACUGGAAGAAUUAUUUUGGAAUUGCCUGCUGGAAUGUUGGAUGAUGACAAGGGUGAUUUUGUUGGCACUGCAGUUCGUGAGGUUGAAGAGGAGACUGGCAUAAAGUUAAAACUUGAAGACAUGGUUGAUCUCACUGCUUUCUUGGAUUCUUCAACAGGAUGCAGAUUUUUUCCCUCACCGGGAGGGUGUGAUGAAGAGAUCAGUAUCUUUCUGUACCGAGGGCGUGUUGACAAGGAGAUCAUCACACAGCUACACGGGAAAGAAACCGGCCUUCGUGAUCAUGGGGAGCUGAUUAAGGUACGUGUAGUACCAUACAAGAAACUGUGGCGCACCACGGCAGAUGCCAAGGCUUUGGCGGCUGUUGCACUGUUUGAAAUGGCUACCAAGGAGGGGCUAUUGCCUCCUUCACCAACCUAACUUAGUAGCCUUUCUUGGUAUACUGCUUUAGAAAACAUAAAAUGAACUUGGUAAAGCGCUUGUAGAAAGAAUUUGGUUAUCGUUGCCUUUUGUAUGCAGUGGAGCAACGUCAUACUUUGGAGGUUUUUUUUCCCGAAUUGAAUCAAGUUUCUCUAAAGUGAAAAAUUGAAAAUCUAA